AUGGCGGAGCACAUACCCGAAGACGUGAUGGUUCAAAUCCUGCAGAGGUUGCCGAUCAAAUCCUUAAUCCGCUUCACCUGCGUUUCAAAGCGGUGGCGUUUCAUAGUAUUGUCCGACCACCAGUUCGCCAAAUCCCAGUUCCAAAUAACCUCUGAGCAGAGUCGAACCAGACUCCUCCUCUCAACCUCCUCUGAAUCUGAAUUCGAAUCCCUAGACACUGAGACACAAUUAGACCCACAGAUUAUGAAUUUUUCAGUUAGAAAGCUGAGCUGCCCAUUCAAGCAACCGGACGACGUCGUCCGCAUACUCUCCUCCUGCAAUGGUUUGGUAUGUGCUUCAGCCCUUUAUAAUAAAGAAUACUUAAAUCCAUCGAACCUGCAUAUCUGGAACCCUUCAACUGGAUUCUUCCAAAAACUACCUGAUUCCUUAAACAUGCAGUCUCUAUGUUACUUUGGUUUUGGAUACUUAUCAGCUACUGGAGACUACAAAGUUAUUGUCAAAAUCGAACUUGCUGACCUGAGAAAAAAGGAGGCCGAGAUAUUCUCAUGGAGAGCUAACACUUGGAAAACGAUCCAAGUCCCUUACGGUCUCCCCUUCUUCGGGGAGGGGUUCCUUUUAAAUGAGGCACUUCAUUGGUUCAAGUUUAAAGGACUUUAUACCGUUGAUAUCGUCGCUUUUGAUUUGGCAAAGGAGGAGUUCCGAAGAAUUCCUCUGCAUACUACUCUUGAUCGACAACCACGAGGACAAUGCAAUGUUUUUGCACCAUAUGGCGUGGCGCCUUCUUCUUUUAGAGGAUGCUUGUGUACAUUUGAUCAUGCAAACGUUAGCUCUAUUGAGUUGUGGGUCAUGACAGAAUAUGAUGUGGCGGACUCGUGGACUAAACUCUUUAACAUAAAGCUCAUCAAUCCGCCUACGUAUGUAUAUUCUUUGAGGCCAAUCUUGGUUACGGAAACUUGUAUAUUCCUGAAGAGUGUGCUGUUCAUAGCUGGCGGGGGGACAGAGUCAAAGUUGAUAAGGGUUUUUCACGACGAAGAGAAGCUUGAAACAUAUAUGGUUAGUAGUGGGGCGGAUGUACGUCUCAGGGACAUGAUUACAUUUGAAGAGAGUCUACUUUGGCUUCACUAA